AUGAAUGUCGAGAUUAAGCCAACGAAUGAGCGAGAAUGUACGAAUGUUGUGCCUUUGGCACUUUGUUUUGCAUUGCUGGUUACUGCGAUUGGUGUAGCGUUGAUUUAUGGCAGUAAUGAUGACAGCCUCAAAUCUAUUCAAAACUCAUCGUUAAUUACAACAGAUUUUCCCACAAUUUAUUCAUCAACUACUCCAAAAUCAGUUCCUGUUCAACCAACAGAAGCUAGUCAUGAACCUUCCUUUACAUCCACAACGAUUGCUCCUGUGGCUACAUCUACUGUAUUGCCUCAUUCAAAAUCAACUACUCAACUGUCUGAGAUACUCACAACGACUAUUCAGAGCCCAAAGAAUCAAGAAACUGAUGACAAAGGAUUAGUUUCUCCUGACAGCUCAAAUCUGCCAAUAACAGAAGCUUCAACUGACAAAACAGCAGUCACAAAGAUCGCUCAAUCUACAACUUUAGCUUCUGUUGAGCAUCAAAAUCCAGAACCUGCAGAAACCACAACAAUAAUACCAGAAAUUAUAGCUCCAACCCCAAGCAUCCCACCCCCAUUUGAAGCAACUACAAAGAAUCAAAUCGUCCCUAUAACAACGACUACUUCAACAUCCACAGAAUCAUCUACAAAUCACGAGUUAAUGCCAACACCACAGCCUCUCAAAGCUUCUACACAUGCUAAAAGAACUAAACGAAAUACAAAUUUAGAGGAUUUAACUUUGACAACAUCCACAACAUUUUCAAAUUUAGCAUCAGAAAGCCUUCCAACAACAACAUUGCUAGCUACUUUAGCAACGGUGCCUCUCAAAACUGGUGAUCCAACGAAGAAACCUGAAAAUAGAUUUUACUUUUAUGAAUCAACCACAAAAGGCAUGGACGCGACUACAACAACUCAGAUGAACUUGCCAACAACGAGUGUUGGAGUUGAAACUACUACUCAGACUUCAUUUGAAUCCACAACUCAAACAGCAGCAACAACAGCGUACAUCAUUACCUCAACAAAGUCCCUAGACAGCACAACAACCUCAGAAGCUCCAAAACCAACAAUCCAAGAAUUCUACUUAAUAGCAUGGCACUUAGUAGCUUCAAUGUCAUUCGUCUCACUCAUCUUCUCCUACAUCUUCUUAGUUCUUUUUGGUAGAUCAGCCAAAAGUGUCAUUUGGAUCAUUAAUGCAGCUCUUGUCAUUUUCUUCUGCUCAUUUGCUGGACUCUCUGAAAUGGCUGAUUAUCGACUUGUCGCUAUUUUGUCACUGAUUACUGGAAUUGUUUUGCUGCUUUUGAUGUUUUGGUAUCGAGUAAGGAUCAAUGCUGUUGCUAAGUUCUUGAAGGAAUGUUGUGUUGUGUUUGUGGAUGUUCCUGGUUUGAAGUAUGAGCCGAUAGUGACAAUCAUCACCAUCGCCAUAUCCUACAUCAUCUUCUAUAAAUUCUACAAAUCUAUUCCUCUCAGCGCCAGCAAUGAUCCACAAAUCUUCCCAUUGUUCAUAAUAACAGCAACAUUCAUCUGGACAACACAAUUUGCCCUAAGUUGUCAGCAUUUUGUGGUUUCUGGGACUGUCCUCAGGUGGUUCUUCAAUCGAGACAAGACAAAAGUUAAGGAACCUGUAAAGUCAUCACUAUCUCAUUUGAUUCGGUUCCAUUUAGGAAGUGCUUGCUUAGGUUCACUGUUGAUUUGGUUGGGGAAGGUCUUUAGGAUUGUACUGUUUCCGUUUAGGACAACAGAAGGCACACACGGCAACUUAAUAUCCAACAUAGCUUCGUGCUGCUGCAUCAAACCAAUCAAAGCAUUCGACGAAGUCACACAAUAUUUAGCACCAAGAGCUUAUGUCUUUGUAACCAAGGAUGGAGUUCCAUUCUUAAAAUCUGGAAAACAAGCUUAUAAUUUGGUGUCACAAAGAAUUAUGGACAUUGUAGCACUAGCUCAUUACGGAGACAUUGCAUUGUUUGCUUGCAAAAUUCUGAUUGCUGUUAUUUCUGCUGUUGUUGGAUAUCCUGCGAUUUGGAUGAAGACCGACCAGCAGUACUCCCGUAAAAUAUCCUUAACAAUCGGUGGAGUCUUUGCCUUUGUCAUUGCCCACUGCAUCCUAAUGCUAAUCGAAGUCACAGCAGAUACAAUUCUCGUCUGCUUCUGCAUUGAUUGUGAGAACAACAACGGAUUGUCAAGUUCCUACUUUAUGUCAAAUGAAAUAAUGAAAUCAAUUAAGGACAUGAAGGAAUGCGUUGGUGGAAGUCUUAAUGUUGAAAGUGGUGGAAUGGCGACUGGAAGUAGUGCACCUAUGCUGUCAAGUCAUAGUCAGAAGAGGAAUAAGAAGAGAAAAUCCUCAGGUGGAGUUAGUAGGUUGUAUGAUUAAGGUUUGAAGCUUAAUAGUAAAGAAGCAUUGGUUUAACGGUGUAGCACUUGUUGCUGGUGUUUAAACCUUGAAUAUGGAUUAUUUUAAAUUAUAAAUCAGAAAUUAAUAUCCAAACCAUUCCUUAAAUAAUCUAAAUUCCUCUAAACUACCUCAAAAAGCUUUAAAAAGUCCAAAUUAAAAAUCAAUUAUUACGCUUAAGAAAAUAUUUAUGGAUCUCAAACCAAUUAUCAAUGUUCAAUUAAUUCCCCAUCGUUACUUUCCUUGGCCUGAGCUCA